UUGUACUUUUAACUGUUGAAGUCUGAGUCUAGAGAAAGAAAAGACUGAGACUCGUCAUCCUGUGAUCAGGUCUGUGCGGUGCUGUGUCUGUGUCUGUGGACGUACGAUUCACGUGACGAUGUGUUUGUGUGUUGCAGUCGCCCAGAAGAUCGUGGCCACCAGGAAGAAGCAGCAGCUGUCCAUCGGGCCGUGCAAGUCGCUGCCCAACUCCCCGAGUCACUCGUCUGUCUGCGCCACACAAGUGUCCGCCGUCCACAUCAGCCAGACAAGUAACGGCGGCGGCAGUCUGAGCGACUACUCGUCGUCGGUGCCGUCCACGCCCAGCACCAGCCAGAAGGAGCUGCGCAUCGAUGUGCCGCAGACCACCAACACGCCCACGCCAGUCAGGAAGCAGUCCAAGCGCCGCUCCAACCUCUUCACUUCGAGGAAGGCGAGCGAGCCGGACAAGGACAAGAAAGGCCUGGAGGCUCGGGCCGACAGCAUCGGCAGCGGGCGAGCCAUCCCCAUCAAACAGGUGAGACUUCCUGUCUGUGUCUGACGCCUCGGCCUUGAUUAACAGUGAAAUCACACACUUAACAUCAAUUAGAGAGCCGGGCUCUCCCGGGUCCUCCAACCAGACCAUUAGGAGAUGGAGAGGGACUCUUUUCUCUCCUGCACCUCCUCCUCCUCCUCCUCUCCCUCUGUUCGUCCACUUCAUCUCCCACUUCCUGUCUUUCAAAGACGCUCUUUGAUGGCGGCGUUUGCACUUUUUAAAGGAAUGAAAGACGAAGAAGGCGAAGCUGAGGAUGAAGGGGAGAAGAGGGUGAACAUCUCCACGACUUACCCGCGACACACAUAAUCACACGUCCCCGCUGCGGCGGCGAGCAGAGCACCUGAAAUGGCUCUUAAUUUGACGAGCGCCACCCGUGUUGAAGAGGCUGGUGGUGGCGUGCAGGGGGGGGGGGGGGGCGUUUCUACCGACAAGCAAAAUCAGGCAAUUAGAGAGCGCUAAUUGCAGCCUCUCGUUUGUAAUCUGCUAAUGAACAAAUCAUCUGUGAUUAGGGCAGAGACAGAGAGAGGCGUGAGCUGCUGUUUGCGUUUGGGGCCGUCGUCCCGCGUCGUGCAGUCGCAGCAGAGCGGGCCGGUAGUGGUUGUCAUCGCGUGAGAAUCCUACUUCUUCUUCUGUGGUGUUAAUGCAGCGGUCCAGCUCUCACAUGAGCUUGUCGCUUGUCAGUGAUUCCCUAAACCGCGUGUAAAACAUUUCACAGUGCUUGACAGGGUAAAAUAAAAGAUGAAAAAUAAAUUGGUAAAUGAAAAAAUGUGAUGAAACAAAAAAUAAACAGUAUAUUAAAAUUUCU